GGCCUGCCUGCAGAGAAAGUCUCUGCUGCAGACGUGCAUCCAAUGAGCGCCUCCAAAGACUGCCCCCACCUCUGCAAGAGAGAUUGAGUUUCCAUAUUUUUUACACAUGCAUAAAGUCCACAGAAGGCUGCAGUCGACUCAGCACACACACAGGUGGAGAAUGGGUCAUGACCAGGAGGAGUUUGCACUGAGUGGACUUGUACGACCUGCAUUGUUUUAGCGCAGUGGAUUAUGCUCUGCUCUUCAUCCUGAUCUCACACAGCUCCAACACUGAGCUCGCAGGUUCAAUAUCUCGUGUUGUGUUUUUCUCUCUGAUGCUCAUUUGCAUUCUUUGUUGAAUGCAAACAUCGUCAUGUUUAUCAGAACAACUUUUCUCCUCUGCUUUGGUGUGGUGUCACUCUCACUCUUAAAACUUGUGCGUUGCAUGGAAAGUGAACUUUGCUUCCCUGUCAGAUUGGAUAACCAUGACAUGAGGAGGGAUUCUGACAACGACGUGGAAAUCCUGAAUGGAAAACAGAUUCUUAAGAUAGGAGCUUUCCAGCAGGAGUUAGUGAUCGAUUUGCACCAGGACUCUAAUUUCAUCGCUCCUUCUAUUUCUAAUCAAGACGCAUUCUGGCUCUCCAACUCAGAUGUCUCCACUGACCUGAGCCGGUGUUUUUACUCCGGAUAUGUGAACUCUGAUCCACAUUCUUACGCAGCUCUGAGCCUCUGUAAAGGUCUACAAGGUGCGUUUGGCUUCCAGGGCUGGGAAUAUUUCAUCAACCCGGUGCAAAAUGACACAAAUGCGCACAUCAUCCGGCGCAGAAAAGGCAACAACCUGCAGCUCAAUUCCACCUCUAGGUGCGCGGUGGAAAGCGACAUCAUAAGUGUCCAAGUUGCGCAAUCUUUGGAGAAAUACAAGCAGUUGAAAGAUGACAAUGUGACCGAGACGAUGCUGAGGAGGAUGGGCAGAUCCAAGAGGUUCGCUUCCAUCCCCAGGUACGUGGAGACGCUGGUGGUUGCAGACGAGUCCAUGUUGCAGUUCCACGGAGACGACCUGAAGCACUACCUGCUGACUCUGAUGGCGGUGGCUGCGAGGCUCUACAGACACCCCAGCAUCCUCAACUCCAUCAGCAUCGUGGUGGUGAAGAUUGUGGUUAUAACCGAGGAGGAAAAAGGACCCAAAGUGUCUGGCAACGCUGCCAUGACGCUGAGAAACUUCUGCACUUGGCAGAAGAAGAUGAACAAGAACAACGACAAGCAUCCGGACUACUGGGACACUGCAAUCCUUUUCACUAGACAGGACUUGUGUGGAGCCUCCACCUGUGACACUCUUGGCAUGGCGGAUGUCGGCACCAUGUGCGACCCCAAGAGGAGCUGCUCUGUGAUCGAAGACGACGGCUUACCCUCGGCCUUCACCACUGCUCAUGAGCUUGGACACGUGUUCAACAUGCCACACGACAAUGUGAGGGCCUGCGAGGACGUGUUUGGGAAACUUCAAGACAACCACAUGAUGUCUCCCACUCUCAUUCAGAUCAACCGCACCAGCCCCUGGUCCCCCUGCAGCGCUGCCAUCAUCACUGAAUUCCUAGACAGCGGGCACGGGGAGUGUUUGCUCGACCAGCCUCCAAAACCGUUGGUCCUACCCGACGUGCUGCCGGGAACAUCCUACAUCCUCGACCGUCAAUGUGAGCUCGCGUUCGGAGAAGACUCCAAGCCCUGUCCCUUUAUGCAACCGCCAUGUGGCCGUCUGUGGUGCACUGGGAAAUCCAAUGGCCAUUUGGUGUGUAUGACUCGGCACUUCCCCUGGGCAGACGGCACCUACUGUGGGGACAAUCAGGUCUGCGACCGAGGGGUCUGUUCGAACAAGCGGGACCAAAAUGUGAAGGUGGACGGCCGCUGGGGGAAGUGGGGCACGUUCGGUUCCUGCUCACGCACGUGUGGAGGCGGAGUCCAACUGUCUAGAAGAGAGUGUGACAACCCAGUUCCGUCAAAUGGGGGUAAAUACUGCCAAGGGGUUCGGGUCAAAUACCGCUCGUGCAACCUGAGCCGCUGCCCUGACACAGGUAAGACUUAUCGUGAGGAGCAGUGUGCAAACAGUGGCCGCAGUUUCAACAGUAACCGCAUCGACCCCUCUGUGGUGUGGGUACCCAAGUACUCUGGAGUAUCCCCCGAUGACAGGUGUAAACUCAUCUGCAGGGCUAACGGCACUGGCUACUUCUAUGUCCUGGCACCCAAGGUUGUGGAUGGGACUCCAUGCUCCCCAGACUCCACAGGAGUGUGUGUCCAAGGGAAGUGCAUUAAGGCGGGCUGUGACGGGAAAAUUGGCUCCACCAAGAAGUUUGAUAAGUGUGGAAACUGCGGAGGUGAUAGCAAGGGCUGCAAGAAGGUGUCGGGUCUCUUUACAAAGCCUGAGCACGGCUACAACUUCGUGGUCAUGUUACCAGUGGGCGCAGCCAAUAUAGACGUCCGUCAGCGAGGCUACAAGGGAAUGAGGAGUGACGACAACUACCUGGCGGUAAAAAACAGUGAGGGCCACUACCUGCUCAAUGGGAACUACGUAGUGUCAGCUGGAGAGAGAGACAUCAUCGUAAAGAAAAGCCUGCUGCGCUACAGCGGCACAGCCGGCCUCUCUGAGACCCUGCAGGCCGUUAAGCCCUUAGGAGAAUCCCUGACUGUGGAGGUGCUUUGCGCGGGCCAGAUGACGCCACCUCGUAUCCGCUACUCCUUCUACCUCGCCCGUCAGACCAAGGACGAGAAGCCUCUGAAGAAGGACGGGCGUGUAAACUCCCAUAACAGUGUCCUGGCUGAGGACGGUGUCAAGGAGAACGGGGGAGACACCCUGAAGGAGUCUUAUAACAAGGAGGAUCCCGCUAUCGGGAAAUGGAUAUCUACAGGUUGGGACCAGUGCUCGGUGACCUGCGGCAGCGGGAUCCAGAGGAGGAUGGUGCAGUGUCUGAGACCGGACGGGAAGCCAGGGAUGGACUGUGAUCCUUCACAAAGACCCUCAGCCACCAGGGUUUGUGGAGACCCCUGUCCUGAGUGGGAUAUUGGGCAGUGGUCACCUUGCUCCAGAACCUGUGGGAAGGGCUUCAAGAGACGACCGUUGCACUGCAAAACCCAAACUGGGCAUCUGCUGCCAAGGGACCACUGCACUGGCUUACGCAAGCCACAGGAGCUGGACUUCUGUAACCUAAGGCCUUGCUAGUGACUAAAAAACUAUAAACUACAAAUCUUUGUGUUUUAAAUGGACUGAUUUGAAUCCCAAGUAUCACACACACCGUGUCUGUCGGGUACAGAUUUUUCCACCUGCAUCAUGGGACACUUGCUUGGAAGAACAACGAGAAUAUUGGAAGGAGAGUGAAAGCCGCAGGAUGAAUGCUGGAAGAUAUUUCUCACUGUCAUCACUCUCUGACUUCUAAAGACUUUAUCCGGGUCUAACUCUGAUGGUAAAAUAACACGAUAGAAGGUCAAAUGAAAUGUAGCUGAAUCCCUUGUACUGUCAGCAGAUAUGAAAUGCCCAUUUGCAAGCAAUCAAUCUAGUUUACCAUAUGAGUCUGGAACCCAUUUCAUGUUGUAAUGUUUCAACUGUUCAGGUUUCAAACUUUUAGUUGAGUCUUGUAAAUGGAUCAGUGAAGCCUUCUGGUUGUCUAAAAAAUGAGUGUAUUCAUUUUUCAAAAAAUUUACCAGGAAUGACGUGCGUAGCUUUUAACAAACUGGACUAAAACGUGAUGCCCACAAUACUUCACACAGAGAAUCCGUUUAAUGAUAUGCGCUCUACAUCUGCCAUCUCAUAGGUGUUUUUUCAGGGAAUCUUUUAAAAUCUUGGAGUUGAUUUAGAAAUCAAACAUCCCAUGGUUGUACAUAAGUAGCCUUGUUUUAACAUAGUUUCUGUGCUGCUGCUGCAUUGUUUAUACAAUGCAAAUAUAUAUUUGUAAAAUCCGUUAUAACUAUAACAAAUCAAGGUUGAUACAACGUUGGAUAGAUUUCUACAGUAACAACCACUGUGUUAUUUUAACAUGUUUUACUCAAGAAACAACAAUAAUGAUGCAGCCAGCAUUUCUCCUCCAAAACAAGGAAGCUGUAGACAGUUUCUUUGCUUUUCUGCAGACGUCACUCAGCACCAGUCUUGGAAACAGUGUUUAAACUAGAAUCUGAAGUCACACUAGUGGCUUUUCAUGGCAGUUCUGACUAAACAAAACCGGGCAGGAGACAAUGGCCAGUGGUCCCUAUCAGCUGGUGUGGGUGCCAGCUCGGGGAUUUCAUCAGGCUGCACACAACAAUACGCUGCUCAUCUGAGAUAAGGGCUUAGCCUGAUAUCACACAUGCUAACGUGCAUGCACGCACACAUGCUGUGUUCAAUUACCGCCCCCCCCCGUGUUCAGCGUGUUUGAUCGCUUCCUUCAUUUCCUUUACCAUGCGACCACAACAAUUGUGUUCUCAGUUCAUAUUGUUCAUCCAUGUUGAGUCAUGCCUGUCUGGCACAGUGACCACAGAUAAUUUAUUAUCAAUGAAACAAUAAAGGGGAGAGGGGAAGAAAAACUGGCGAGCUCUCUGUUAUGCUGUGCAGAGUGUGUUUUCCUGGAUCUCCGUGUUCGUGGCCCCGCAGCCCGAGCCAAGCUGUUCGUUCUACACACUCGCUGAAAAUCCUGUAAUCCAUUAUAUUCUUGUUUUGUUUCUUUAAAGGGGCCACAUUGUCCAGUCCGACAUCCAACUACCGGAUGGAUCCUGCGUUCGUUGGAUUAUCAUGUUUAUUUUUUAUCAGCUUUUGCACUUUGUACAGCAAAAGAAACAUAUGACCUACACAGGCUGUAUUGUAUACUAUGUAUAUAUUUAUUCAGCUCUGUGCAAAAAAUAAUGUAAAUACUUUUUAAAUCUUUUUUUUACACAGGCAUUUGUAAUUGUCUUUGACUUCAGUGUAUUUAUUCCAAAAAUAAAGCCAUUCAUGUACAGUUA